AUGGGAUUUAAACAUGUUUUAGUGAUACCUUAUCCAGCACAGGGCCAUGUGAUUCCUAUGAUGGAACUCUCGCAAAAUUUUGUAAAACAUGGAUUCAAAAUCACAUUUGUUAACACAGAUUAUAAUCACAAGAGGGUGUUGGAGAAUAAUAAUGAAUUACUUGGAGAAGAAGUAAUCAGUCUGGUUUCAAUCCCAGAUGGGCUUGAGCCAUGGGAAGACAGGAAUGAUCUUGGCAUAUUGAGUGAAGCAAUUUUUAGUGUUAUGCCUGGAAAGCUGGAGGAGCUUAUUCAGAGGAUUAAUGAUGCAUCGGAAGAAGAUGAAAAGAUUAGUUGUAUUGUUGCUGAUUUGAAUAUGGGAUGGGCUCUUCAAGUGGCGGAGAAGAUGAACAUUCGUUGCGCCGCCUUCUGGCCUACAUCAGCUGCUCUGUUGUCGUUUUUAUUUACUGUCCCGAAGAUGAUUGAUGAUCAAAUCAUCGACAACAAUGGAUCUCCAUUGAAGAACCAGAUGAUUGAGAUGGCUCCAACAAUGCCAGUCAUGAGCACUCAAAAUUUAUUAUGGAAUUGCAUAGGUGACUCAGCCACACAGAAAAUUAUAUUCGAUGUUGUAAAUAAAAACAACGCCGCCGCGAACCUGGCAGACAGAAUAAUCUGCAACUCUGCAUACAACCUUGAACCUGGAGCAUUUUCCCUGACUCCAAAGAUUCAACCAAUCGGACCACUUCUGGCGAGCAAUCGACAAGGAGAUUCAUCAGGAAGUUUCUGGCAAGAAGAUUCAACUUGUUUAAAAUGGCUCGACCAACAAACACAAAAGUCAGUCAUAUACAUCGCAUUCGGAAGCUUCACUGUUUUUGACAAAACUCAAUUUCAAGAGUUAGCCUUAGGGCUCGAACUCUCCGGCAGGCCAUUCCUAUGGGUCGUCAGGCCGGAUUUAAUCAGUAACGAUUCAGAUGCCUAUCCUGAAGGAUUUCAAGAAAGGGUCGGAAGCCGCGGCCUGAUGAUUCGAUGGGCGCCGCAGCAGAAGGUUCUUAGCCACCCUUCUGUUGCCUGUUUCUUGAGCCAUUGUGGUUGGAAUUCUACUAUGGAAGGAGUAGCUAAUGGCGUUCCGUUCUUGUGCUGGCCGUAUUUUGCUGAUCAGUUUACUAAUGAGAGCUAUAUUUGUGAUGUUUGGAAGGUGGGAUUGAAGUUUGAUAAGGAUGAGAAUGGAAUUAUUAGAGGAGUGGAGAUUCAGAAGAAGGUGGGACAAAUUCUGAGUGAUGAAAAGAUUAUGGCUCGGGUUUUAGAAUUGAAAGAAUUGGCAAUGUUAAGUGUGGGAGAAUGUGGUCAAUCUAGACAGGUUUUUAAUAACUUCAUUGAAUGGAUGCAAAUUUAA